GGUAAGCUUUUUAACCAUCUGAAAUGAAACAACGCACAAAGCUAUAUGCUUGUAUAUCCUCUGUACAAGCCUACAUACAGCUGAAGUCUCAUCACCAUCCUCUGGAAGGGCCUAAGAACACUAUUUUAAUCUAUACUGAAAAAUCCCUUCCCUUUUCAUGUGGAUGCUUUUACGCAGCUCCCAUUGCACCCAUCUGCAGGCAGCAGUGCAGCCUUUGGGUGGUGCUACAUCAAAGUGCCUCUCCCUCCUAAUUUGUUUAAUUCAGCCUUUUUUGGCGGCAAAGAUGUUUUAAUCAUAUACAUUACAUUAUAAAAUGCAAUGAGGUAUUCCAGAGAAGUUGGAACACCUGAUUUUCCCUUUGACAGAAAUAACUUUUUAUCACAGCAACCUUCUCCUACUUGCCUAAGAUUUAUAACAAGUGGACAAAACUAUAUUUCUGCACCUUUGAUACUUCCCCCACACUGAAGUCCCUCCGUCUACUGUGCUGUGAAAGAUAAAAUAUGAGAAGAAAAAACCCAUCUCUUUAAAGAUAACACUUGGCAUCCAGCACAGUCUUAUAGCAAUAACUGGUGCUGAUGAUGAGCAGAAGUUACUGAUAGAAACUGUCUGUUUUUAACCCCCAGAGCUUUUAACUCUGUUCUCCUAAUUUGGAGAUGUGACACGAGGAGCAGCACAUGGCAUACACCCACAAGUAGAACAACUGAAGUUAAAGUACCUAUCGUUUAUUGCACCUCGGUGCUUUUAAUCCAGAAUUCCUUCUGCAUACACGAUUCUGUAUCUACUGCCAAUAGCUCCAUCCUGAGGAAACAGAAUUACCAUAGCUGGAUUCAUCUUUAUUCUUCAGAAAGUUAUAUCUUAGGAAGUAAAGACGUCAAGAAUCAAUUGAAAAUGAAGACAAUAUGAAAUUUUAACAAAGGUUUCUUUUUAAGCAGUAAAAAUACAGAACAAGUGAUGACAACUUUGCUGGAUAUUCUAGCAUACUACCCAAAUCACCAGAUAAAUAUUUCUAUUCGUGUCUGGCAGACACUCUCUCACUUUGGCUCUAACGCAGCUAUAUUCCAAAGAAGCUUAUCUUAUUUUUAAAUGAAUAUGAAUUGAUUCACAGUUCACCAAGGACCCAAAUGCCAGGCUGAGACUGCUGAGCACCGAGCAGCUCAGGAGUGUAAUGGUUGGUGACGUCCCAGGGUUGGAUCAUAGUCUUUUCUGGUCUUAAACUCAAUGACUCUAUUACUCAGUUAUCUAGCUAAUGUCCACAGAACUGAAACCUAUUUCCAUUUUAAUGAAGAAAUACGCAAAGUUAGAGAUGAUACACAUAUUUGACUGAAAAUUGGAAGGUAUCAAAAAAGAACACUCACAAUAAUAAGAAGCAGCUGCAAGUAGAAAGAUUUAAAGUAACAGCCCACACACUUAAAACAGCGUGCUAAUCAGAGCGUUUCUGUGGCAGCAGAACUUUGCAGGGUUAACUGUGCUUCUGACCAGAGAGAGGCAGCAAGAGCGAUCGCGCACAUAUGCACGCAUGCUGCCCUGCGUACAGUUAGGAUAUUGUAGGAGGAAGGGCUGUUAGCAGGAUCUGCAGAUCCUUACACAGCUACAAGAGGCAUACGUUAUAGGGCUGGAGCGCUGAAUCAAUUAAUGCUCGCUGGCUCUUUUCCAGCCAAGCCCCCACUCACUAAUUUCCCUGCUUCCAAGCGCUGGAGCUGCAUGUACUGGAAUGAGUCGGUCAGCAAACAAUGGGUAGCAGCAGACUGCAAGUUCUGCUAAUGAACAAAGAAAACUGCACUGAGACCGUGCUAAUCACAUAAGUAAAAUCAUCAAGAGAGUAGAAGAGGAAGGACGGAAGAAAAGGACAUUUUUUUUUUUAAUCUUUUUUAAAUGCAGCAAGGAUGAUUCUUUUCCUACAUUCAAGAACUGGAGAAAGUGCCUGGGUAAGGAAGACAGCUUUCCCCAAAGAGAAAUUCUUCGUUUGGUGUUAAAAGAAAUGCUAAGUGCUAAACAAACACACAACAAGAGACAUAUGUUUGAAAAAUAAGAGACACAAAUAAAUGAACAACCGGCUUUCUAGAAAACAGUGAAAAACCUUAUCUUAAAGUCCACCAGGUGAUGAAAAAGAAGAACAAAUCACAGAGGAUCUUCCUGGAUACAAGUGAACUUUACUGAAACACAAGAGAAGAAGGUAAGGCUUUCUUCACCUGAGACUUAGAGCACAUCAGGUCCUCUCAGGAACUGUUCAGCUAAGGACAGAACUCUUUUAGCAUCUGCUUAGAGGGGGAAACGUAAGUGUUAAGUCUUCAGCUGAGCUGAGAGAGGGGAGAGGAAGAGAAAAGGCUGUGCUUCAUAGAAGCUCUGCUCAGAUUACAAAAACAAAAGGAGGUUUACUCACCCCCCCUUGAAGGAAUGGGUAAAUGUAGAGGUCUCAGUUCCAUAAAUCUUUAUGGUCCCCUUGGGAUUGUCACCAGUGUUUUAUUAUCUGCAACUUCCUGACCCUCCCCUGAUAAAGUAGGGACUGUAGAGAAUAAAACAGAAACCACAUACAUCGUUUCUGAAGAUAUUUUUGGGGUGAUCCUCUCCGGAGAAAUAGGACUCUUAAUAAGAGGAAACAUGGGAACUGCUGCCUGCCUACGCACACGCUGCCGGAGAGUCGGCACUGGGGAGAGGAGGAGUUGCACACACAUCACACCAGCAUCUGUCUGCACCAGUUUGUGCUUACAAACAGCAAACCAAACCUUCGUACGCUAUAGCUAGAGGGAAACAACUGGCAUCCAAAUCUAUCUACCACUUUUUCUUUUUUCUUUUUUUCCUACAGCGGUGAAAGAUGGGAGCUAAUGAACUGCUUACUAUUCUCAGCUAUUGAAUUCUCUUGUAUAAUCUUCUAAGAGCUGAACCUCGCUAUAUGGGGACGUCAGACCUUCAGCCCUAACAGCCAGAGAUGGACACAAGACAGGACUUGAGUUUUUAAGACCUCAACACACCCAGUAAGGCACGGGAUAAAAAAAAAAUUGGAUCCAAGCUCUGACAUGGUUACUGUACCUCAAAAUAGCAGAUGACCAGUUUACCAUACUGACCAUGCUGGCCUUUCUUCAGGACCAUCCUGGAGCAGAGAGGCACACUGAACUCUUGCACCGUACGCAAUUCCUGCACAAAACACAGCUCUCGGACACAUCCUGCUGGGCACAAAGAUGCCCCAUCCUUUACAUUUCUUGAAUGGGUCUGGAGCUGCCAAUGGAUCUUUGUCACCUCUCUCGGUAACAGAACCCAAAGAGAACUACCCAAACGAUGAGCAAGGAAACAAAGUGCGCUGGGCAGCACUGCUGAUCCUGCUGGUGAUCAUCCCCACCAUCGGUGGGAACAUCCUGGUCAUCCUGGCGGUGUCUCUGGAGAAGAAGUUGCAAUAUGCCACCAACUACUUUUUAACAUCCUUGGCGGUGGCGGAUUUGCUGGUGGGACUGUUUGUGAUGCCGAUUGCCCUUCUGAUAAUACUGUUUGACAACGCCUGGCCUUUUCCAACUGCCUUGUGUCCCAUUUGGCUGUUCCUUGAUGUCCUCUUUUCCACAGCUUCCAUCAUGCACCUCUGUGCCAUCUCACUAGACCGCUAUAUUGCGAUUAAAAAGCCAAUCCAGGCCAGCCAGUACAACUCAUGGGCUACAACAAUCAUCAAAAUCAUCAUUGUUUGGCUCAUUUCAAUAGGCAUUGCUAUUCCAGUCCCUAUCAGAGGAAUUGAAGAUGGAAAUGGAAACUCUACAAAUAUUACAUGUCUUCUGACGCCUGAUCGCUUUCAUGAUUUCAUUCUGUACGGAUCAGUGGCUGCAUUCUUCAUUCCCCUUGCUAUCAUGAUAGUCACUUACUUUCUGACAAUUCAAGUGCUACGCAAGAAGGCCUACUUGAUCAACAAGCCACCUCAACGUCUCACUUGGUCAACAGUGUCCACAGUAUUUCAACGCGAUGCUACACCUGCCUGCUCUCCAGAAAAGGUGGCCAUGCUGAAUGGCUCUAGAAAAGAUAAGACUCUGACCAAUGAUAUGCCCAUCUGUAGAAUGUCUACCAUUGGGAGGAAAUCCAUGCAAACCAUAACCAAUGAACAAAGGGCAUCAAAAGUACUUGGAAUUGUAUUUUUUCUUUUCUUGUUGAUGUGGUGCCCAUUCUUCAUAACUAACAUAAGUUCAGUCCUGUGCAACUCGUGCAACAAGGAAGUUUUUCAAAAGCUCAUGGAGAUAUUUGUUUGGAUAGGAUAUGUAUCCUCAGGAGUGAACCCUCUUGUCUACACACUCUUCAACAAAACAUUUAGGGAGGCUUUCAGCAGGUAUAUCACUUGCAACUAUCGGACCACAAAGACCGGCAAGGUCCUUCGGAAGUGUUCCAGCAGAAUCUCUUUCAGAAAUUCUGUGACAGAAAAUUCCAAGCUCUUUGUUAUGCAUGGGAUGAAAAAUGGGAUUAAUCCCAUCAUGUACCAGAGCCCAAUGAGGCUGAGGAGCUCACCCAUCCAAGCAUCAUCAGCCAUUCUGCUGGAUACAUUGCUGCUCACAGAGAAUGAAGUUGAUAAAACAGAAGAACAAGUAAGCUAUGUAUAGUGGAAUGACAGCUGUGACCACAUCAUAGUGUUACCAUCUCUAUUACUCUAGGUGACUGUGCUAUAAGAAGUUAAAAAUACUAUUGUUUCAUUUAUGCAAGCAAUAUCUUAUAAAAUUUGUAAGAAUUCCUCUCCUCCAAAGUCUCCUCUACUGUAACCCCAAACUCCACAGUGGCAACUUCAUUCCAUGAUAAACAAUGACUAUAGCAAAACUGUAUCAUACAGAAAGAGGGAAAUAAAUAAAAGCUAAAUCAGUGCAAGUAUCUGACUUCAGUCCUCAUCAUCUUCAGCCUCUUGAUUUAAACCCAUGGAGUUUUUCUCUGCUUAAACAGCACACAAACACACUGAACUACUUCCUAUAGUUCUCCCCAUUGACACCAUAGACUCAAGUAUGAGCUUUUCUUGUGUGCUGGGGUAUCAGAAAUGAAAUCAUGAGCUCCAAAUACCAAAAGGCACACCAACAAACCAUAAAAUCUGUUUCCAAGAGAGUAAAAAAAAAAACAGAAAAAAACCUAAAACAUUCCAUGUGUGGAAAUCAUCCCAUUGCACUUUUUUUCUGUAGGGAUGGAGGCCAGAAUCUCAUCUUCAUUACUCUCACAUAUAAACAUGCUUGGCAUUGUCAAAUCUGUCAGAGAAAACUGCCCUUUAUUCUUUUCAUACUAAGAAAAUGAAUAUGUAACGAAAAUAGGGCCAUAACACAUCAAUAACUAAAAUAGGACAGUCAGUGCCUGAAACAUCACUUUAACUUUGCUAAUAUAUAAGCAAAGUUCCUUUUUUUGUGGCUUUUACAACUCCAAUAAAAGC